AUGGCAGCCGCGAUGAAGCAGUCGGCCGAGAGGCUGGACUGGAUGUACGAGCAAAGCGCUGCAUCCGUCAAGCCUGAUGAAGACUCCCUGAUGAACAUGCCCAUCAGUGCCCAGAAGGACAAAGACAUUGAGGAUGUCAAGAAUCUGCAGAGUGCCACAGCGGGGUCUCUGUUCCUGGGCAGCGCGACUAAGACAACCGAGGACAUGGUCCGAAAGCUUCGAGAAGAUCCACUGUUCCAGAUCCGGCGGCAAGAGCACGCCGCUAGAGAGAGUAUGAUGGCGAACCCGCUCAUCAUGGCAAAGAUCCAAAAGAAGCAGGAGAAGGAAAUGAAGAAGGUUGCCAAAAAAGAAAAAAAGGCCGCCAAGAAGGAAGAGAAGGCCUUGAAAAAAGCGGCCAAAGCUGCCAAGAAGGCGAAAGAGUCCAGCGACUCCGAGCCGGAACCUCCUCAGGCACAACAGAAGCGGCCGCGACAAGAGGAGAAGGAAGAGCUUGACCUGGCUGCCCUUGGACCCAGCAGUGUCGUGGUCAGCAAGCGCAUGGAGCACGAGCAGCGAGUGCAGAAGCAGAAAGAAGCCGCGCUGGCAAGUCGCGGCUUGGGCAGGCGGCUCACAGAAGAAGAGAAGGAGCGCCGCGUGGAGCAGAUGAGGGUGGAUGCGAAAAAGCAUGAGAAGAUGAAGGACCAGCGCAUUGCCACCGCUGAAGAGCGAGAGAAGCAAAUUGAGGAGCUGGAAGCCAAGAUGCGGGAGAAGUCUGACCAGAAAUAUUUCCGAGAUUUGCGGAAGGAUGCCUACGCUGGUGAUGCAGAGACGACAAUGGCGGACCGCCUGAAGAACCAACGGCAUCGAAGACAGAAGCACCUCAAUGACCCGCUUGAGAGAGACUGA